AUGCCUUCUUCAAAACGAGAUUAUCCUAGCAGCAUGUAUCCCGAGCACGGGUCUAGCUACAGCUCCAGCAGCUACAGCCAUGGCAGCAGACGUGGCGAUGGCGAUGGCGCGCGAAGGAAUGGCGACAGCCAUCGCAGCUACAACCACGACUAUCGACGUGGCCGAGAUUAUCGCCGAGGGGACAGGAGUGAGAGAUAUAUUCGGGAAGACUCUCAUUCUGCUAGGAGAGAUUCCCGCCGCGACGACAAUCGCCCCCAUGACCGAGAUUCUAAAUAUAAUGACGUCGAAAGGAAGGGUCGGAGUAGCAGCCUGGGCAUCCUCGAACGCGUCCUGCCACACGAUUUUCGUCCUUCCAAGGCGGAUCCCGAGGCUCGAAUUCACAGACUACAGAAAGAAAAGGAGUGUCCGGGGUUUGACUGGACGCCGGGCUUGGUGUUGGGGUUGAUUGGGGCGGCGGCGCUGUUCAACCAUGAAAGGUCGCUGAUUAGGAGACAGAGGAAGGAGUAUUACGAUUGA